AUGUCUAAUGUAAACAAUUCUCAAAAUGAGAUUAUUAACAAUACUAUUAAUAAUGAAACAAGUAUUGGCAUUGGUCGAUCAGUUAGUAGUGCUCGUUUUCAAAUAGCUAAAGUAUCUAAUAAUGAUGCACAUAUAGAAAAUUCAUUGGGCAAAGCCAUUAGUAUUCCACAUAAUUUAUCAUCAACUAUUCAACGUCCAUCAAUUUCUAAUGUUAAUAAAAUAAAAAUUUUAAUUGGAGAUGAUGAUAGUGAACAUGGUAAUGCUCCAUGUGAUUUAAUACGAACAAUAGAUAUGAAUGCUAAUUGUACAUCAAUAGAUGAUAAAAAUAAAGAAAUAUGUUCAUAUGAUACAAUGGAUGCAUUACCACAUAUAGAUCAUUAUAGAAAUUUAUUUUCAAUAACAUCACCUGAAUCAAAAAUACGACCAACACUUGAAGCAUUACAUGGAACAGCUAAUGUGUCACAAAGACUUCGAUUAGGAUCAACAAUUGAUUUUAAUAGUGAAAUGAUAAAUACAUUAGUAUCACAAACAGAACAACUAUCACAAAUUGAUAUAAGACCAAAAGUUGAUAUUGUCAAAUUUGGAUGGAUUAUUGGUGUACUUAUUCGAUGUAUAUUAAAUAUAUUUGGUGUUAUGCUUUUUCUUCGUUUAUCAUGGGUCACUGGUCAAGCUGGUAUUGGUUUAGCAAGUGUAAUUGUUAUUACUUCCACAGCAGUAACUGUUUUAACAGCUUUAUCAAUGAGUGCUAUUUGUACUAAUGGAGAAGUUAAAGGUGGUGGAACAUAUUAUUUAAUAUCACGUAGUCUCGGUCCAGAAUUCGGUGGUGCUAUUGGUUUAAUAUUUUCGUUUGCUAAUGCAGUUGCAGCUGCAAUGUAUACAAUUGGUUUUGCUGAAACAGUUCGUGACAUUCUUAAAGAACAUAAUGUAAAAAUAUUAGGAACUAUUGUUGAUGGAAACUCUGUUAAUGUUGUUCGAAUAAUUGGUGUUAUUACAAUGACAAUUAUAUUAGGUAUUGCUUUGAUUGGUAUGCGUGGUGAAACAUUUGUACAAAUAAUAUUACUUAUAACAUUAUCAGCAUCAUUAUUAGACUUUUUUAUUGGUUCUUUAUUACCAGUAACAGAAUAUAAAAAACGGCAUGGUUUUGAAGGAUAUUCAUGGAAAGUAAUCAAAGAAAAUUUUAUGCCAAAAUUUCAAAAUGGGGAAACAUUUCAAAGUGUUUUUGGUAUUUUUUUUCCUUCAGUUACAGGAAUUCUUGCCGGUGCAAAUAUUUCCGGAAAUUUAAAAAAUCCAUCAAAAGCCAUUCCGCUCGGUACCAACGUUGCUAUUAGUCUUACAUCAUCUGUUUAUCUUAUUUUCUGUAUUAUAACAGGAUGUACAACACGUCGAGAAGUAUUUUUUGAUUAUUAUGAACGACGAAAUGGAAGUGAUAUACAAAUAAUAAAUUGUUCAUUAAAUACAAAUGAUAGUAAUUGUAAAUCUGGCUUAAUUUAUAAUUAUCAAACAAUGAGAAUGAUAUCAGCAUUUGGUCCAAUUAUUAUUGCAAGUCUUGUUGGUGCGCCAAAAGUUUUUCAAGCUGUUUGUCGUGAUAUGAUAUUUCCUAGUUUAAAAUACUUUUCUGUUGGUAAUGGAAAAUCUGAUGAACCACAUCGAGCUUAUUUCUUAACAUAUUUUAUUGCUGUUUCAUUUAUUGCAAUUGGACAAUUAAAUGAUGUUGCACCAAUCAUAUCAAAUUUUUUCCUUAUGACUUAUGCCUUAGUUAAUUAUUCAUGUUUUGAUGCUUCAUUAGCUAAAGCUAGUGGCUGGCGGCCAGCUUUUCGAUAUUAUAACAAAUGGUUAGCAUUAAUUGGUGCAUUAUUAUGUGUUGCAAUUAUGUUUAUCAUCAAAUGGUACACAGCUUUAAUAACAUUGGUUAUUACUUAUGGAAUUUUUCUAUAUGUUCGAACAACAAAACCAGAAGUCAAUUGGGGAUCAUCUGUUCAGGCUCAUACAUAUCGAAGAGCACUUGAUGCUACGUUAAAAUUAGGUAGCGUACAAGAACAUGUAAAAAAUUUUCGACCACAAAUGUUAGUUUUAACUGGAAAUCCAAUUUGUCGUCCAGCAUUAGUUGAUAUCGGUUCAUUACUAACUCAUGGUCACAGUCUAAUGAUUUGUGGUAAUGUUAUUUUGGAUGAUCCAUCGGUAAAUAUAAAAUUAUAUGACCAGAAAGAUAAUUGUGAAUUAUGGUUGAAAAAACGAAAUGCAAAAGCUUUUUAUCAACCUCUUGUUGCACCAACUGUUCGACAAGGUACAAUGGCAUUGUUACAAUGUGUAGGCGUUGGUAAAAUGCGUCCCAACGUAGUCUUUCUUGGUUUUAAAAAUGAUUGGUUAACAAAACCACAAGUAACUGUUGAUUAUUUUAAUAUAAUUCAUGAUGCGCUUGAUCUUCAUUACGGUGUUGGAAUCUUACGUCUUCAAGCAGGACUUGAUUUUAGUGAUUUUUUUGGACCAGAUUUACCUGAAGAUCAAGAUGAUGAUGAUGAUGAUGAUAAUGAAAAUAGUGAUGAUGAAGAAAAAAAUGAAGAAUUUAUUUCAUCAAGUCCAUUACGUCGUAUUUCAAAAUCUUCUGUACCACAUCAAACAAAUGUUUUAAUGUUAAAAAAUACAAUAUUAAAUAAAGGUGCUCUAUUAACAAUGAAUGUAUUUCAAUCUAAAUAUUCAUCAUCACCUAUAAUUGAUGUUUGGUGGUUAUUUGAUGAUGGUGGUUUAACAUUAUUAUUACCUUAUUUAUUACGACGACGAAAACGAUGGCGUCAUUGUCAAUUUCGUAUAUUUUCAUGUGUAUCAGGCGAAAAAAUCGAUGCUGAAAAACAACAUUUUGCAAUGGCAUCAUUAUUAAAAAAAUUUCGAAUAAAUUAUUCUGAUUUACAUGUUCUUCAUGGCCUUAAUAAAACACCAAAUGAAUAUGAAAUAGAAAAAUUUAAUCGAAUUUUACAAGCAUGGAAUCAAAAUGAUGAUACAUAUCGUAUAACUGAUAGUGAAUAUGAAGCAAAUAAAGAUAAAAUAAAACGUGGUUUAAAAUUACAUGAAUAUUUAUUAGAAUAUAGUUCAAAAUCUACACUUAUCGUUGUUACGUUGCCGAUCCCACGUAAACAAUUGAUAUCAGCUGGUCUAUACCUUGCUUAUCUAGAUGUAAUUAGUAAUAGCUUACCACCAGUUUUAUUUUUGCGUGGCAAUCAAAAAAAUGUCCUUACUUAUUAUUCAUAG